AUGGCAUUGGCACACCAGAAGCUGGAACAGCAAACUGAACUCUUCACAUCAGCAUCCAUGUCUACAUCCAUUCUUCAACAGACGCUCAGCUUUGCAAUCGAGCAUCCGAUUCAAGCUCUCCUCAUCAUCUCCAGUCUGGUAUGCAUCGCGACCCGCAUUGUGACCGGCCUCCAAUAUCGCUCAUCAACCUCCAAUGCGAAAGCAGGCUCGACUUCGACUGCCCAAACCGUCGCGACUUUACCAUACUGGAUCCCAUGGCUCGGCCACGCCAUAUCCUUCGCACUGGGGGGAACGGACUUCCUGUCCCGCUCGGCUCGGCAGCUGGGGCCCAACUCGGCCGUGUACGCGUUGAUGAUGGGCAACACGAAACACAACAUCGUCACGGUCCCCAGCCUGGCGCACCAGAUCGUCAACGACCGCCACGCGCCCGUGAGUAUGGAACCCUUCAUCUUCCGCGCCAUGGAAUACGUCUGGGCGGACCGCGGCUCCAACCGAAACAUCGACCCAACUCACCUGUGGGGACCCAUUCACAGUGUGCUGUCUGGCAUGCUGCGCGAGAGCUUCGUCGCGGCGGCGAUCCAGCGGACCGUCGCGAGCGUCGAGGACCGGACGUGGAAUUUGGUGUCUGGUGCCCGAAGCGUCGUUGAUCAGAGUAUUUGGGAACGGCAGGCUCGAGUCGAGCUCAUUUCGUCUAGCAAUGACAACAAUGACAACAACAACAGUGACCAGAAGAACAACAACGACAGUGACAACAAUCGCAAUAACCCUCUUACAGUCGAAGCCAGUCUACAUCCCUUGAUCAGAUAUUUUGUCGGCGACAUUGCCAGCACGGUGCUCUACGGGCGGAAUUUCAUGGAAAACAACCCGACCAUCAUGCCCGAUCUGUGGGAGAUGGACUCGCAGUUCAAUUUAUUCAUCGCCGGCGUGCCGACCUGGUUCCCCGGCAUGCAGGGACCGUCACGGGCGCGCGAACGCGUGAUCGCCGCCGUGCAAGAACACCACGACGCCCUGUAUAAAUACCUGGACGGCCAGGACCCGGGCUACAAAUGGGACGACAUGUCCGACGUGUCGUCGGUGAUAGUCGAUCGAGCCCGAGCGUUUCGCAACGCGGGCGCCACGCCGCGCGCGUAUGCAACGGCCGACGGCGCGAUCCUGUGGGCCAUGAACGUCAACGCGAACCAAGUCAUCUUCUGGCUGCUGUGGUAUGUCUACUCUACACCAGGUCUUCUCGAAGAGAUGAGGUCGGAAAUUGCUCCUUACGUGAGGAUCCGGCACCCAGAAUCGUCGUUGAGUGGGUUGAAUACAACCACAUCUACAUCUUCUAUCAAAGAGGCCCCCAAGCUUGACAUCGACAUUGAUUCAAUAUGGACGAAAUGUCCGCUUCUCAAAGGGGCGUUUUUGGAAACCAUGCGUCUGGAGUCGCACAGCAUGAGCUAUAAGGAGGUGAUGGGCGAUUUCGUGGUGACCGAGUCCGUCGACGACGCACGGCUGCUGGGCAAGAGGGAGCCGCAGGCCUAUGUGCUGCGCAAGGGCGAGUUGGUGUGUAUUCCGCAUGGAGUGCAUCAGAGCGAUGAGAAGUAUUUUUCGCAUCCGGACAAGUUUGAUGCCCGCCGGUUCUGGGUCAAGGAGAAUAAUCACAACGACAAGAAUCCUGCUGGUCUUGAUGGAGAUGACAAUGAUGACAAGAACAAACACGACGAUGAGAAGAACAACACGACCAACAACAACAACAACAACGACAAUAAACAUAUCCGCGUCGAUUAUGGCACAAUGAGGGUCUGGGGUGGAGGCAAGCAUCUGUGUAAGGGCAAAACAUUCGCCGAGCGUGAAGUCGUGCUUUUCGCCGCUGCUAUCUUGAUGCACUGGGAUAUGGAGCCUGUCGGGAACGGUGGCAAGUGGCUUCAUCCCGGGAGGCAGCCGGGGAGUGGGACGGUGAGUCCGAAGAACGAUGUUAGAGUCAGGGUGUCAAGGAGGGAGGCGUGGUGA